AUGGUUGGUGUGUCAGUGCAUAGUGCGCUCUUUCUGUGCGCUCUCCUCCAGCUGUUCUCCCUGCCCGCGGGACAGGUAGCUGUACCAAACUGCCAAGAGGUGCGCACUGUGUUUCAGUCUCACCACCCGGGCUCCAAAUGGGUCCCAGAAACCCCAGUUUCAGGUGCAGAUCUGCAGGUUUGCCCUACCAAAGGCCCGACGUGCUGUUCCAGGAGGAUGGAGGAGCGGUAUCAGGUAGCCGCCCGCAACAACAUGGAGUCUGGUCUGCAGGUUGUCAGCGCCCAGCUCAAACGUCUCAUCAUCCAGAACGCUGCCAUUUUCCAGGAGGCCUUCGACCUGGUGCUGCGUCACGGCCGAAACGCCACCCUGUCGAUGCUGAAGACAGAGUUCCCGGGUCUCGGCAGCGGCGCCCAUGGCUCGGUGGGCCAGUUCUUCCUGGACAUGUCGUUCUACAUCCUGGGCUCAGACUCCACAGUGGAACACAUGGUUACCGCUUUCUACGACCGCCUCUUCCCCCUGGCCUACCGCCGCCUGUUGGGGGGUGGAGCGUCCUCUGUGUCUGAGGAGUGCUUGAGAGGGGCCUGGAAGGACUCAGGGGUGUUUGGCACCUAUCCCAAACUGGUAAAGACCCGGCUGUCUCGCUCCCUGCUGGCCACACGAGUCUUCCUGCAGGCGCUGAACCUGGGCAUCGAGGUGGUCAACACCACCGACCACCUGCGGCCCAGCCGGGAAUGCAGCCGCGCCCUGCUGAGGCUGUGGUACUGCCCGCACUGCCAGGGCCUGCUGGGGCCGCCCGCCUGCAGAGGUUUCUGUCAGGCGGUGAUGCAAAGCUGCCUGGGCGGAGCGGCGGAGGUGCAGCCCCACUGGAGGACCUAUGUGGAGGGACUGGGGAAGCUGGCCGGUGCCAUGAGGCGAGACCAGGACAUGGAGGCUGUCGUUCUUCGGCUGCCUUUGCUGAUCAAGCUGGCUCUCAAGCACGCUGUGAACGCACGGAGCCGCCUCAGCGCCCAGGUGAGCAGCAUGUGCGGCCUCUCUCCUAAGCGGGCGUCUCGCUCAGUUGCCUCCCCUCCUCUGCAAGCUCCCGUUGCCUCCGCAGCCCUCAACUCCCAGCCAUCAACUCUAGACGCUGAUGAGACUUUGGCUGGCCUCCGCAGGGAGUUUAUAUCCAGCCUGAGGGGCUUCAGCUCCUUCUACAGUGGCCUUGGGGAGGCGCUGUGCAGCCGCGAGCCCGCUCCAGCAAACCACUCCCUCUGCUGGAAUGGGCAGGAGAUGACAGACAGGUUCCUCAGCCCGAAGCGACCUCACUCUCACGGCUCUGAGUCCCGAAACAACAAGCCCCCCGAGCCCAUCAUCAGCCAGAUCAUCGACAAACUCAAACACAUCAACCAGUUGCUAAGGCGGGUUACAGUAAACGAGAAGCGCUGGAGAGCCCGGUCGCGUGGCGGUGGGGUGGACGGCUGGAGCAGCGAGGAAGAAGAGGGGUUCGAGAGCGGUGACUGUGAUGAUGAAGAUGAAUGCACCGGGGUGUCGGGGCUCGGCCCGCCACCACGACGCAAACGGUUACGCGUCUAUGCAGACCUUGCUGAUAAUCUGGCGAUGGACGACUUCACCUUCCAGGAGCAGCUGCUGACCCCUCGCUUGGCCACGGCCGGAGUCGGAGGCGUCUCCUCACCUGCGCCUCCGCUGUGCGGGUGCUACCUGGUCCCGGCUCUCCCUCUGACACUCCCCCUUGUCCUCCUUUGUCGCCACUGA